AUGAGUAAAAUAUUCGAUAUCCAGCCGAUUGGCCGGUUCGUGGGGCAGAGCGCUGCGAUCAAGCGUCCUAGGGAAAUAGCUUGUUUCUCAUAUGAUGAAAAGCAUCAAUUUCGUCUAGAUGAUUCGUCCAUCAGGCACUAUUACCCUCCAAAGCUCGGAGCAAAUCUCUCAAUGGGCUUCGAUACCUUUGAGAAGCUUGACGAUGCCGCCGAUGAGCAUCUUGACAGCUUGCUGAAGACCAUCAUUGCUCUCGAGCAAGAAACAGGAAAGCGUGUCGAGGCAGAUGUUAUCACGUGGAGAGGAAUGAUGACAAAGUUCAUGGCAGCCAUCUUCAGCGAUAGAGAUGGCACUGAGACAGGCAGUUUCAUUGAGGAGAAUCAUGAGUACAAACGUCAGUCGCAAGCAAGGCAAAUGCGGCAGCCAUCACAUCCGGGAAGGCCAUCUCAAGACAUGAUGAGCUAUUGGGGCUACAAGUUCGAGACGUUGUGUUUGAUUCCAGCCACGUGGGACGAGACGACAAGAGAUUACAUUGAGAACCGAGAGAAUGAAAUUGUCAACAACUACGCCCAAUAUUGCUCCGUUGUCAAGACGGGAAUCGGCAACACAAACAUGAUCCUUGGUGGCGAAGUAGACGCAUUAUGGGAUUCCAAGCCCGCUGAUGGAGGUCCUAUUAACUGGGUCGAACUCAAGACAUCUGCUGAUAUUCGCCAUGAUGGAGACAUGAAGAACUUCGAGCGAAAGCUCAUGAAGUUCUGGAUCCAAUCGUUCCUGCUAGGUGUUCCUAAAAUUAUUGUUGGUUUCCGGACGCAAGAUGGCUUCCUGACGAGAAUCGAGGAGAUGGAUACAGCGUCAAUACCUGGUACAGUCAAGAGGCGAGGUAAAGGAACCUGGGAUGGAAAUAUGUGUAUUAACUUCGCGGCGACGUUGCUUGAUUUUUUGAAAGCGACGAUUACUGAAGAUGGAGUUUGGCGAAUUCGAAGAAAGGAGAGGAGUUCCAGCAUUGAAGUCUUCAGGAUCGAGGAAGUCGGCCAUGGUGAAAUUCUCUCGGACGAUUUUAUCAACUGGAGGAUAAAGCUGGCACUGAGUGACCCAUUGCCGACUCCUGCAUCAGCUCCUCCACCGGCCGCUGCACCUAUCGAGCCUGAAGCGGCCGCAUCUACAGGUUAUGUUGUUGGACUGUGA